GGUGGAUGUGUCCGGCUUCACAACGAGCCAGGCCGGGGGGGAAAACAAGGACUGAGGCUUACACAACAGGCCGCCAACUCCGUCGACCCUGGCGGCCAGCCGGCUCUGGCCCGGCCUCUGGCCCCCCGGGCCCCCAGCCCUCAGCCGGCUCAGGAGCCUUCUCCCCGCCACCGGAGCGGCCAGCCCCCACCCUAGGGAAGGAGGGGGCGCGACGAGGCGCUCUGGCGACUUCUGGCCACUAUCUGAGUGGCCUCUUUUGUUUGCCUAGCUCCUCCGCAGUUUCUGAGCCUGAAGCUGACCCUGAUCUGAGUCCAAGGAUCCCGUCCAAAGGGAAGAUGGAAGAGCUGAGUCAAGCCCUGGCUAGUAGCUUUUCUGUGUCUCAAGAUCUGAACAGCACAGCUGCCCCACACCCCCGCCUGUCCCAGUACAAGUCCAAGCACAGUUCCUUGGAGCAGAAUGAACGGCGCCGUCGGUUGUUGGAACUGCAGAAAUCCAAGCGGCUAGAUUACGUGAAUCAUGCCAGAAGACUGGCUGAAGAUGACUGGACAGGGAUGGAGAGUGAGGAAGAGGAAGAUAAGAAAGAUGAUGAAGAGAUGGACAUUGACACUGGCAAGAAGUUACCAAAACGCUACGCUAAUCAAUUGAUGCUGUCUGAGUGGUUAAUUGACGUCCCUUCGGAUUUGGGGCAGGAAUGGAUUGUGGUCGUGUGCCCUGUUGGAAAAAGAGCCCUGAUUGUGGCCUCCAGGGGUUCUACCAGCGCCUAUACCAAGAGUGGUUACUGUGUCAACAGGUUUUCUUCCCUUCUGCCAGGGGGCAACAGGCGAAACUCAACAACAGCAAAAGACUACACCAUUCUGGACUGCAUUUACAGUGAGGUGAACCAGACCUACUACGUUCUAGAUGUGAUGUGCUGGCGGGGACACCCUUUUUAUGAUUGCCAGACUGAUUUCCGAUUCUACUGGAUGCAUUCAAAGCUACCAGAAGAAGGACUGGGAGAGAAAACCAAGCUCAAUCCUUUUAAAUUUGUCGGACUAAAGAAUUUCCCUUGUACUCCAGAGAGCCUGUGUAAGGUGCUGUCUAUGGAUUUCCCUUUUGAGGUAGAUGGACUCCUCUUCUACCACAAGCAGACCCACUAUAGCCCCGGAAGCACUCCUCUGGUGGGCUGGCUGCUCCCCUACAUGGUGUCAGAUGUUCUUGGCAUAGCCAUGCCAGCCGGCCCGCUGACCACCAAGCCGGAAUACGCCGGGCUCCAGCUCCAGCAGAUUAUUGAGCAUAAGAGAAGCCAGGAAGGCAUGAAGGAGAAUGUUGCACACAAGGCAUCCGAGAAUGGGCGCUAUGAGUUGGAACACCUGUCCACCCCCAAGCCGAAGAGUCCUUCCCGUAGUAGCCUGGACCCCGCAGAGAGCCUCAUGGAGAACUAAACAGCGUGGCUCCUUGUGGAAUCACAAGAUGGUGCUUCGUCCCAAAAAGAAGGCUGGGGAGGAAGAUAGUGACAACAUCAGGUUAUUUCAUUUUAGAGUGGACUUUCCAAAGCCACUCCAGCUGGAUAUAGCUUAUCUCCUAUCAGAAAUGCUGGCUCAAACCACUGAAUGAGGUUCCCAGAUUGGGUGGUCUUUGGAUUUGAGCAGUAAUUCCUGUAAAAAUAUAUCCCAGAUAUUCACAGUGUAAAUAUAGGUAAUUCUUACGAAAGAA